CGCCUUUGUUUUAUCAUUUCAUAUUUUUUCAUCUCACCAUCUUUCUUUUCUUUCUUCUUCUUCUUCUUCUUCUUCUUCUUCUUCAUAUCUUAUUCUCCCUCUCUCUUAAUCAUCAUCAUCAUCAUCAUCAUAAUCCUCAAAUCUCCAUCCAUUUUUUUAUCUAUAAUUCUCUCUCUCUCUCCUUCAAUCCCCUUUGCUUUAUUCUGUGUAAAAUUUAUGCAGAGGGGUACUGCAGCUGUUUUUGUUGAUAAUGAUUAUGCCCUUCUGUUAUUUGUUUAAUUUUCUCAGAGGAAAAAAAAAAGCUUUUACUUUAUAAAGAAAUGGAGAAAACAAUAAAAAUCUAAGCACUAACUCGUAGGAAUUCUCUUUCUGGCUUUCAGUCUUUCCAGUUGUCCUUCUCUUUCUCCCUCUCUCUCUUUCAGUUCCUUCUUUCUUUUUCUUUUGAUUUAUUUUUCAAAAGAACAAAGAAUUCUUCAAUCGUAUUUAACAUCAACCCAUAUUUCACCAAACUUUCUCGAACUUACUGUUUUUGUUUAAUUUCUCAAUUAUUAGUCUCCAUUUUCUUUGUUUUUUUUUUCAACAUACCCAUCACCCCCAAAAAGAACACCACCGAUCCCUCCCUCUCGGUGUGCGGGAAGGACGAAAUACAAUUCAGCUGAAUUGUGUACUAACCAUUGAUGAGGAGGAGGAGAAGAAGAUCUUGAUACACCAUUGAUCAAAGAAAAUUAAAUCGAAAGAUCAUUGUUCUUCAGCUUUAUCGACAUCACAAUUAAAUUAUUGAAGGGGAGAUGCAGCAGGAAGGUGGUGGUGGUGGUGGUGGAGGAGGAGGAGGAGGGCAGCAAUCUCAAUACGGUGAGAUGACGACUGGUCCUCCAACGACUGGUGCAGUAAGCGAGGCGUCGGAGCAGUUAGUGGAAGCGGCGUCGCCUAUAAGCAGUAGACCACCAGCUGGGAAUUUAGAUGAGUUCAUGAGGUUAGCAAGUGUUGGCGGUGGAGACGAAUUAGGAUUAGGGGACCGACAUGGUAGUGGCGGCGGCGGAGGAGCCGGUGUAGCAAGUGGCAAUCGGUGGCCACGUCAAGAGACUCUUGCUCUCCUCAAGAUUAGAUCAGAUAUGGAUGCUACUUUCCGUGAUGCCACCGUCAAGGGCCCCCUUUGGGAAGAUGUUUCCAGGAAGCUGGCGGAGCUGGGUUACAAAAGGAGUGCUAAAAAGUGUAGGGAAAAAUUCGAGAACGUCCACAAAUACUACAAGCGAACGAAAGAAACUCGUGCUGGGCGUCAAGAUGGUAAGAGUUAUAAGUUUUUCAGCCAGCUAGAGGCGCUUCAAACAACUUCCGGUGCCGCUCCUGCCAACGUGUCAAUACCGGUGAUUCCUGCUACUGUCGCCGUUACCGCCACCAGCUUGGACGUGGCUCCUGUUUCGGUUGGGAUCCCAAUGCCUAUUUCUUCUGCUGCCAGAAUUGUUCCACCUACAACAGCUGUACCAAUGUCUUCUUCCUCUUUCUUAGCCAUGCCUGGAUCUGCUCUUGCUCCAGUACCUGUAGCAGUGCCAGAGCCAGCGACGGCCCCAGCGCCAGCGCCUCCUGCUGCCACCACGGCGGCUCCAUUUGGAAUUAGCUUCUCUUCUAAUAGCUCUACCUUCUCUCAAGGCUUUGACGAUGAUGAGGAGGACGAAGAUGAAGUUGGAGUUGGAGGAGAACCGUCAAGCAUGGCUGGCACUAGCCGUAAACGUAAAAGGUCGUCGUCAAGAGGAGGGGGUGGUAGUUCGACGAGGAGGAUGAUGGAGUUCUUUGAGGGUUUAAUGAAACAAGUCAUGCAGAAACAAGAAGCCAUGCAACAAAGGUUUUUAGAAGCCAUGGAGAAGAGGGAGCAAGAUAGGACGAUAAGAGAAGAAGCUUGGAAAAGACAAGAGAUGGCAAGGUUAACUCGUGAACAUGAACUCAUGGCUCAAGAACGAGCCAUUGCUGCUUCAAGGGAUGCUGCUAUUGUUUCCUUUUUGCAAAAGAUUACUGGCCAGACCAUACAAUUACCCACCACCGCAACUGUUAUUGUACCCGCAGCACCACCACCACCUCCACCGACACAACCGACCGUCUCCGUUGUUCCACCAGAGGUCCCUAUUGCUCCACCAUCGCAUCAAACACCGACAUUACCACAACAAAAGCAACAAGAACAACAACAGACGCAUAUAUCUCACCAUCAACCACCACCACCACAACAGCAGCCACAGGUUGUUCAACAGCAGCAGCAGCUUCAACAUAUGGAACUUGUGAGGCAUCAACAACAGCCCAUUACUACAGAAAUAGUAAUGGCAAUCCCGGAACAACAGGUCCCACCACAAGAGAUUGGUGGGAGUGGGAGCUUGGCGGAGCCAGCCUCGUCUAGAUGGCCUAAAACUGAAGUUCUUGCACUUAUAAACCUGAGGAGUGGGCUUGAAUCCAGGUACCAAGAAGCUGGGCCUAAAGGUCCUCUUUGGGAAGAAAUCUCUGCUGGUAUGUCCAGGUUGGGUUACAAGCGAAGCGCCAAACGAUGUAAGGAAAAGUGGGAGAACAUCAACAAGUACUUCAAAAAGGUCAAAGAAAGCAACAAAAAACGUCCCGAAGAUGCCAAAACUUGUCCCUAUUUUCACCAGCUCGAUGCCCUUUACCGUAAGAAAAUACUUGGUGGUGGGACUAGCAGUGGCAGCUUUAGUGACCAUAAUAGACCCGAUGAAGAAACGUCACGGCAGCAUCAUGACCCCACACUAAGCACGGCAGCACCGCAACCAUCCCAAAACGAAAGCGGAGCUACUGCUGAUGUGGUGACAAGCAAAGAAGGCUUACCUAGUCAUCCCUUUGGAGAAGGAUACGGUGGAGCUGCAAAGAAGCCAGGAAGUACCGUGAGGGAGCUGAUGGAGGAGCAGAGGGAAGGGUUACACCACCAACAACAUCACCAUCGAGGACAAUCCUUGUUGGUAGAUGGGUAUGGUAGGAUCGAUGAACCUGAUAGCGAUAUUAUGGAUCAGGAGGUUGAUGAAGAUGACGAUGAGGAAGACAACGAUGACGAUGAUGAUGAAGAAUUGGAAGAAGAACGAAAGAUGGGUUAUAAGAUAGAAUUCCAGAGACAGAAUUCAAACACUCCCAAUGGGGGAGGGAAUGGGGCACCCUCCUUUUUCACCAUGGUUCAAUAACAAUGGCAAGCAGUGAUCAGUGUUCACCCCAUCACAACAAAAAAAAAAAAUGUACCAUAUGUACCCCCGCGAAUGCAGAAGCUCAACCAAAAUACCCUAACAAAUGUGUCCUUUUUCCCCAUUUCUCAGUCCUUUACCUCGUAUACCCUUUCUUUUCAAACCAUUUCAUUUCAAUAAUUCAGUAUCACCUUCUUCGUGAAUCUCCUCAUUGUUUUCAAAUUAGCUCCAGUCCCAUUAGCUGACAUUGGCAGAGACGCAGUUCCGCUUUUGCAUUUAUUGAUUUGUUGGUGAAUAAGGAAAAUCCCGUUUUCAAAGGAAAAAAAGGGGAUCAGAGAUUGAAUUGAGCAGCGAGAACAAAAACAAAAUAAGCUUGGGUAAAUUACCAGCAACACCACCAAAAAGAAAAAGGCACAAACAAAGCAUAGAGAGAAAGAAAAGAUAUUAAAAAAAAAAGAAGAAGAUAUUUUUAUACAUUUCUCUCUUACUUUGUUUAGUUCAAUUUAAGAGUUUCAUGUAAGAAUAUGAGUUUGUUUCCUUCAAAAGUUUCCUAGAAAAUUCUUUCUUUUUCCAUCAACUCUGUACUGACUUGUUUCUCCUUUGUUAUCAAAUUCUUGAUUUAUAAUUUUA